CGCCGCGUGCGCUCCGCGUUCUCCGCCGCGUCUGGGGCGCGGAAGCAGUGGGACGCCGCCUCGGCGGACGGGCUGCGCGCGGCGACAGCUGUCGUGAACCGAUUGGUGCAGCUGAAGCAGCUGCCGGAGAAGGACCUCGAGGCGGUGAAAGGCAUGGUGGGCAUUGUAGCGAGGGCAGCAGAGAAGAUCCGACGCCUCAUGGUGCUCAUGCAUGGCAUGGCACUGGAUGCAAUGCCUCCAUGUUCCAUCAGGAGGAGGAUCUGUGCGCGCUGCAUCGCUGCUUGAAAGACCUUGAUGUAGCUGUCGACGCCCUCGUCCCUGCCCUGCUGCCCCUCUGCCCGCCCCCCCACAUACCACCUCCCCUGCAUGCACCUGACACAACGGCCCUCCCCCCAGCAGCACCUGAAUCCAUAGUUGCGCCCUUCACUUUUGCUGCAUCACUGGCAGCGCCAGUGCCAGUGUCGGCAGCACCAGCACCAGCACCAGCAACAGCAGCAUCAGCACCAUCACCAUCAUCAAUGCCAUCGCGAUUCCAAACAGCAUCAGCAGCUUCAGUGUCACCCUCCCCUUCAGCAGCAGUGUGGGAUGCAAAUGAGGCAUGGCAGGAGGCGUGGCAGGAGAGAGACAUGUACCCUGACGAACCCAUCUUCACUGCUCUCCAUCUCUCAGUUUUUGAGAGGUGGGCUGUGGACGUGGCAAGCAUGUUUCACAGCGAGCUGCUGGUGAAGCGUCUCAUUGUCUCUUCGCACAACGCAGCAGUCAGCCUUGAAGGCACCACUGCAUGCACCACCACCACCACCACUACCGCUCCAAGCACCACCACUCCAAUCACCACCUCCCAUAGCCGGAUCAAACUCCCCCUCAACAUCCCUCCAUUGUGCCUGCCAUACAUUGGCCAGCCAUCUGCCACUGCGCCUGCUCCCAGAGCUGUUGCGGCUGAGUGUCUGGCUGCUGCUGCACUCGAUGCUAGUGCUGCUGCCAUGGAACAAGGAGCGAGCAUGGGCAGAAGGACGGAAGCAGGAGCAGGCAGGCUGAAAGCAUCAGGAGCAGCAGGAGCAGCAGGAGCAGCAGGAGGAGCAGGAGCAGCAGGAGCAGCAGGAGGAGCAGGAGCAGCAGGAGUAGCAGGAGUAGCAGGAGCAGCAGGAGCAGCAGGAGCAGCAGGAGCAGCAGGAGCAGCAGGAGCAGCAGGAGCAGCAGGAGCAGCAGGAGGAGCAGGAGCAGCAGGAGCAGCAGGAGGAGCAGGAGCAGUGGGCGAUGCAACCACAUCAAGACACGAGGACGGCCGUGAGGCACCAGCGGCAAUUGAAGAAGAGUCAGAGAGCGACGCAGCAGGGUGCUUGCAAGGAGAGGGGAUGGGGACUAGUAGUGGAGAUACAGAGGCAGUGUUUGGUGGAGAGAGUGAUGAGGGACGUGUUCAGGGAGGGGCUGCCUUGUUGCAAGGACAGAAUGGAUGGAAGGGACAGGCGUGGGCGUCAGCAGAGGGAGGCGAGUGGGCGGUGGUGAAGCAUCAGUUGGAGCAGUCGGGGUUGCUUGCCCGCUCUCCCACCCCACAACAGCUACAGGUGUGUCUGGUGGCAUGGCUGGUGGAGAUGCACAUUGACUCUCGGCACCUCUCCUCCAUCUUCGCUGCUGUGGACGAGGAAGUGAAAAGCGCAGCAGCGUAA